AUGUCCAGGACAAUUACCGAGGCCGCAAAUCUGUUAAGACAGAAGAAAAUUUCAACUGCUGCUUUGGUUAAAGAAUGCCUUUCUCGUAUUUCAAAAUACGAUGCUAAAGUAAACGCGUUUAUAGAGGUGCAAAAUGAAAAGGAAUUACUUGAUAAGGUUUUAGAGGCUGAUGAUCGAUUUGCUAAAGGAUCAUUUAUUGGCUCUUUAGAUGGAAUACCUAUUGCGUAUAAAGAUCUAUUUUGUACAUCUACCUUACCAACAACUUGCGGUUCUUUAAUGUUGAAAAAUUUUAAAUCACCCUUUAAUGCGUCUGUCGUAAAUUUUCUUGAAGAAGCAGGCGCCAUCAUGAUUGGGAAAACAAAUAUGGAUGAGUUUGGAAUGGGUGUAUUUGGACCUGUUUAUAAUCCUCAUUCAAUUCUUUUUGAUGAAAAUCAUUUGGAAAAUGACAAUAAUAAAAAUAUCAAAAAACGACGGGUUGCUGGCGGAAGUUCGGGUGGUAGCGCGGCGGCAGUUGCAGCUGGGAUGUGUUUUGCUGCAUUGGGAUCGGACACCGGCGGAUCAGUACGCCUUCCUGCUUCCUAUUGUGGUGUAGUCGGAUUCAAACCUUCUUAUGGGCGAUGUUCUCGAUGGGGACUUGUCGCGUAUGCUAAUUCAUUGGAUACGGUUGGCAUUCUGACAAGAACAGUAAAUGAUGCUAAACUGAUAUACGAUGUGAUAUCAAAGUACGAUGAAAAUGAUUCAACAUCAAUGUCUCCAAAAAUUCGAUCCAUAAAUUCUUCCUUACCUUCAUUUUUAAAAUCCGAUUCAAACACUGAUGAUUUAAGAGGAUUACGAGUUGGCGUGCCUAAAGCAAGUGAAUACUAUGUUUCAGAACUGAAUGAUCCUAUUAUUGAAUUAUGGAAGAAAGGGAUUUAUUACCUACGAUCUCAAGGCGCGUCAAUUGUCCCAGUAUCAUGCCCUAGCACCAGACAUGCUUUAUCAGCUUAUUACGUUUUAGCUCUUUCGGAAGCUUCAUCUAAUCUAGCAAGAUAUGAUGGAGUUAGAUAUGGUUAUCGAAGUGAAAAAGAAUCAAACGAAAAUGACAAUUUGCUUUAUGCUGAUACUAGGGAAGGAUUUGGCAAGGAAGUUAAAAGACGUAUAAUGUUGGGAACGUACACUUUAACUGCAGGAUCAUAUGAAAACUAUUUCCUUCAGGCGCAAAAAAUCCGUAGAAUGAUACAAUCAGAUUUCGAUCGAGUUUUUAAAAGACCAAAUCCGUUACAUUUUAUUAAAAAAGAUACAUUAAAGAUUGAUGAUGAUGGGGUUGAUGUUUUGAUAACUCCAGUUGCUAUUUCUACUGCACCAAAAAUCGAAAAUUGCUCGGAAACUAACGUGAGCGUAGGAAAUAAUAGUAAUGAUUUUGUGAAUGCUUAUGUCAAUGAUGUUUUAACUGUACCUGCAAGUUUAGCUGGAAUUCCUUCAAUAAGCGUACCAUAUGGUGUUUCCCCAACCGAUGGUUAUCCAAUUGGGUUGCAAUUGAUGACACAAUACGGGGAUGAGGACACUUUAUUGGAAGUAGCAAAAGUCUUAGAAAAAGGAGCAAAUCAGAAAUAA